GAAAGAGAUUCAGCCGACACACUCUACAAGCCCACAAAAUCACCAGCGGACAGGGGGAAGAGCACAGGCUGACCCUGCACUGCCACUCUCAGUACAAGAACUACAGCUGGGGGUAUCAAAUCGAACUAGAUGCAGAGAGGAAAAAAGCCGCAGCCGUGGCUGCGGGCGGCGCCGAUCCUGAUCCCGCCCCGCGCUGGCGCUGCCCUGGGGCCGGACCGGCCGGGCCGCCGGGAUGAGCUGGACUCGAUGAUCCUUAAAGGCCCCUUCCAGCACAGAAUACUCAGAGAUUUUUUGAAGUGCCAUUCCCCGCCCCGCCUCAGUCGCGCUCCGGGCCCCAGAAGCAGGUAAGGGCAGCCCGGCUGGCGCUGGGGCCGGAGCGCCCGGGCUGUUCCGGAGCUGCUUUCCAGCGGCACGGGACCGGGAGCGCCGCCGUGCACCCGGCGAUCCUCCUCGCACGUGUUCCUGGUGUUUCUCACCAGCAAAUCUCUCCCUGGAGUUCUCAGGCAGUACCACAUCACCAAGAGAGCUCCCCAGCGCUCCCCAGCCAUGGCAGGGAAAAAAGUCCUGAUAGUCUAUGCGCAUCAAGAGCCCAAGUCCUUCAAUGGAUCUUUGCUGGAGAUUGCUGUGGAAGAACUGAGCAAGCAGGGCUGCAGUGUCACCGUGUCGGAUUUGUACGCCAUGCAGUUUGAGCCCAGAGCAACAAGAAAUGACAUUGUUGGUCGCCUGCACAACUCCGAAGCGUUCAAUUAUGGUGUGGAAACCUGGGAAGCUUACAAGAGAGGAGCUUUGUCCAAAGACCUGGUUGAAGAGCAGAAGAAGGUGCAGGAAGCAGAUCUGCUGAUUUUUCAGUUUCCCUUGUUUUGGUUCAACAUGCCUGCGAUCCUGAAGGGCUGGAUGGACAGAGUCUUGGUCCAAGGCUUUGCUUACGAUUUGUCAAAGGCUUAUGAUGGUGGUUUGCUCCAGGGCAAAUUAUCCUUGUUUUCUUUCACCACGGGAGGAAGCAAAGAGAAGUAUGCAAUCAGAGGUGAUAUUCGCUAUCUCCUAUGGCCCAUGCAGCAUGGAAUCAUGCACUUCUGUGGUGUCAAAGUCCUUGAACCUCACAUCUGUUAUGCUCCAGAGAAUGUCUCUGAGCACAAGAGGAAGGAGAUGCUGACUGCCUGGACCCAGCGUCUCAAGACUCUUUGGAAGGAAGAACCCAUUGACUGCUCUCCUGAGUGGUAUUUCAAGUAGUGCUCAGCUGCAAGACUACAGAGAGAAGAGUUUUUUUCUCCAUUCUUUUUUAAGGUUCUGUCUAAACACCUGAACACUAAUCUUCUAAUUCAAAUCUAUUUGAAGAAUCUUGAAUACUACAUCUAGCAGUUUAACUGACAACAUGGCAUUUAUC